AUGAUUGUUAUUUUUAGGGCUUUCAAUUUAAAUUUAACUCAAACAGUUAAAAAUCUCGUUUGUAAAGAAGUUUCUGAUCAUCCAUUAAAAGCGCAAAGUAUUUCUGUCAAUGACUGUAAGAGUGCAAGAAAGCUUAGUGGAUUAUCCACUUACAGUAAUAAUUUUGUCAAUUUAACAAAGACAACACAAAUCGUUUUGGAUCCUUUAGGGGCUGCUUUAGAUGGAACUGAUCCACUGAGCCAGUUUGCCAAGUUAGAGUCAGAUCCUUUGCCAGAAUUUACAGAUAAAUGGGAUUCUUCAAGCAAUAAAAAAAAAGAGGGUUCUAAUGUUGAUGCUAAUUUUGAGCCUUGGUCUUCUCGCAAAAAUGCCAUUUUGAAUAAAUUCACCACAUCUGAAAAACUUUCUAUGAUGACCAGUUUUUUAUCUGGCGGAGAAAAAGUUAUUGUAAAAACUCAGAGUUCUGCUGUUGAUAAGGUUAAAAAUAGAUUAGAACAACUUGAUGAUUUUGAAGAGGGAUCAGUGAGACAAAUGUUAGAUUUGACACAGCAAGAAUAUAUUUCAAGAAUUGAAUUAUUAAAUCAAGAAUUGGUUCAGGCAUGGAAUCAAGAUCAAAGAGUCAAAGCCUUAAAAAUUGUAAUUCAAUGCUCAAAACUUCUAGUUGAUGUUUCUGUUCUUCAAUUUUAUCCCAGUAAAUUUGUUCUAAUAACUGAUAUUUUAGACAUUUUUGGUAAUUUAGUGUAUGAAAGGUUAAGAUCCAAAGCUGAAUACACUAAACCAGCAAGUAACAUUCCAGCAUCAUUGCCAGAAGAUUUCACUCCAGAUAUGGUUCCAGAAUCAGCCAAAGAAACUUGCAGAAAUUGGUUUUAUAAAAUAGCAUCAAUAAGAGAAUUAGUGCCUCGAUUGUAUUGUGAAAUGUCUUUACUUAAAUCUUACAGUUUUUUGGAUUCAUCAGAGCACACUCAGGCUUUAAUGAGAUUGACCCAUAUGAUUCGAGGAAUAGGUGAUCCCCUAGUAGCUGUUUAUGCUCGUUGUUAUUUAUGCCGAAUUGGACAAAGCAUCACAAAUAAUAAAAAUAAAGAAUUUAUAAAGGAAAAUUUUUACGAUUUCCUUGCUUGUUACAAACAAAUAAUGAAUCAAAACGUAAGAGAGGAAUUAUAUCGUCAAAAUGUUGACUUAUCCAUUUAUUUAACCCUUUACACGCCAGCACUUGAUUGGAUCUUGCAAGGAGUCGCGAAUAAUGCACCCGAAAGUCUUUUAGAAGAAAUUUUACAAAAGUGCCAAAGUACAUGUAAAAGUGCUCUUUUGUUAAACACUAUAAUGGCAACUUUUAAGUCUUCCUUCAUUGCCGCUCGUGCCUUACAAUUUAUUCAACUGAUAUCAACAUGUAAUGACAAUGGAUUUCCUCAAUAUUUAUUGUACCGUACGCUUGGUUUGUGUUUAACAUUAUCAGACCCACCAACAGAACAAAGGUCUCAAAUUUUAAACGAUAUUUGGAAAGUAGUUACAAAGUUAGAAAAUCCCGAUGAAUAUAUUAACUGUGCAGAAGUUUGGAUUACUUUUGUUGUACGCCAUUUUAGUAAAAGAGAAAUAAAUAUAUUUUUAAACGAUAUAAUUAAACAUAUGACACCUAAUCGUGCUUAUGAGAAUCAUUACACCCAACUUCAAAUCAUUGUUGAUAAUGUUGUUCAAAAAAUAUCAGAUUUUGAAAAUUUAUUUGCAAUGGAUAAGUUUUUACCCGUGCUCGACAUGUUUCAAAAAGAGUCCGUUAAAGUCGAUGUUUGUAAGGCUAUCAUGUACAAGUUUAGUAAAUCCCAACAGGAAUCGUUUAAUGAUCCCGUUAUCACAAAUGCUUUAAUGUUUAUUUGUCGUGUAAUGCACGAUUCUGUAAGCGCUCUUACAGUCGAGGAUGAAAAACGUCAAAUUGGAUCGUUAAUAUGUUCUUUUAUCAGAAAAGUUGAAUUCGGUCGUGAUUUCGAACAACAGCUUAGUUUUUACGUCGAAUCUCGGGCUUCUUUCAGCAAUUUAGAUUCCGUCAAUACUCUGUUGGUGCUUAGCGUCAAUCGGUUAGCAGUGGAAACUCGUAAAGUUGUAAAGGGGCAUCACACUCGAAAAACAGCAUCAUUUGUUCGGGCUUGUGCGGCUUAUUGUUUUAUUACAAUACCAUCUAUCACAUCGAUAUUCACAAAAUUAGAAUUAUAUUUUUUUUCUGGUCAAGUGGCUUUAUUAAAUCAGUGUUUGGGUCAAGCCGAUGCUUGUUUUAAAGCAGCACUAAGUUUAAUACAAGAUUUUCCGAAAACGUACGAAGUCGAUGGUAAACAGAAAUGCUCGGAACAGUUUUUGAUUUCUUACCUAUGUAAUUUUUUAUCCACGCUGGUCGUUGUUCCCGACAAUCCCGAACAAGGAGUGUUAUAUUUGACGAGAGGACUAGUGAACGCAGUUCAAAAUUACAAUUGGGAACCUCAUUCAAACGGAAAGGGAAUCAUAUAUCUUCACGUCCUAGAUUUGCUUCAUACCGUGGCUCAAGAAUCAUAUCCAUACCACGUUGAUAAAGUUGAAUCAAACGAUACUCUUUACGGCUGGGACCCGAAAUUUUUAUCGGAAAUAAAUAAAAUGUCGACGGUUAUUCUCGAAGAAAUAUUAAAUCAUUUAAAAAUGCUCGGUUCCAAAGAACUCUAUAAGAAGCAAUCCGCUUUAGCAUUAGAUUUAUUUUUACGCAUAGCUUUUAAAGCCGAUCUUAAUCAACCAGGCCUUAUCGAUUUAGCCGUGAAUUUGUGGAAUCUGGCACAAAAAAAUGGAGGAAGUUUAGAGAAUAAAUUAAUGGUACUGUUUCUUUCGUAG